UGGUAGCGUAGUACAGUGACGACAGCGAUUGCCCAACGAGUGUUUGUCAUCCGUACGAAUUUAGAUAAAAUUUACAACUGAAUUGUUCAUUGAACACACGCGAGUGUAGUGAGUAAGUGCAAGAUUAAAUACGGUGUCAGUGACGAAUAUUCUGUUAUAAGUGAAGAAGCACAUGUGUGUAGCAGGCAAAGUUGUUUAGAAACAGUACGCGAACUUUUAACAUGAAUAACAGUACGAGGCAGCCGAAAACUACGCCUAUUACAGACGAUUACGAUAUAUCCAAUACCGUACUCGGUCUAGGAAUUAAUGGAAAGGUGGUGGAAUGCAGAGAAAAGCGCACAGGCGUAAAACGGGCGUUGAAGGUUCUACACGACAACGUGAAAGCUAGACGAGAGGUGGAACUACACUGGCGCGCCAGCGGCUGCAUACACAUCGUUGAGAUAAUCGACGUAUACGAUAACACAUACAGCGGGAAGCGAUGCUUACUUGUAAUCAUGGAAUGUAUGGACGGCGGUGAACUCUUUCAACGCAUACAGGAUAAUAGAGACGGAGCAUUCACUGAACGACAGGCCGCUGAGAUUAUGCACUCAAUAUGCGUCGCCGUCCGCCACCUGCACGAGUCGAACAUAGCCCACCGCGACAUCAAACCCGAAAACCUUCUCUACACUUCGACGGAACCCAACGGCAUCUUAAAACUAACCGAUUUCGGGUUCGCGAAGGAGACUCUCACACCGGCGGACACGUUGCAGACACCGUGUUAUACGCCAUAUUAUGUCGCUCCUGAGGUCCUAGGCCCAGAGAAAUACGACAAAUCUUGCGAUAUCUGGUCACUAGGCGUAGUGAUGUACAUCCUACUCUGCGGCUUUCCUCCCUUCUACUCCAACCACGGCCUUGCCAUAUCGCCCGGAAUGAAAAAGCGUAUCCGACUGGGCCAGUACGAUUUCCCAGAACCGGAGUGGUCCAACGUGUCGUCUGAAGCCAAGAGCUUGAUUCGAGGCAUGCUUUGCGUGGACAGCGCCCAGCGUUUUACCAUAUAUCAGGUGAUGUCCAGCCCCUGGAUCCGCCAAUACACCCAAGUACCCCAAACGCCUCUAUACACCAACGCGUUACUCCGCGAAACUGGAGAGGCUUGGGCUGAUGUCCAAGAUGAAAUGACUCGGUCGCUCGCCACAAUGCGCGUUGACUACGACCAGGUACAAAUCAAGGCACUGGAGCAGAGCAAUAACUCCCUACUGAACAAGAGGCGGAACAAAGUCGGCGCCUGAGACACGGAGUACUUAGCUUCAACUAAACUGUAAUAAGGGCUCACUUACAGUGGCGGCGCGUCCAUAGAACUCGGUUCCUACCGGCUUGCCAACUGACCUUAUCCUACAAGUCUUGAAGAAAAGGCAAGCUGGCUUGCCUAAGUAAGUUUACGAUGUCACUAUACAGCAGCAAAUAGCAGUAGAAUUAGAUAUUGAGGUUUUCAAAAUCAUCUGCACGCAAUUUGAUUGUUAGGCAGAGGGAAUAUAUUUCCCACAAUAACUUCAGUUUGUUUUUCACUCUUUAUCAAUCUUGCUCGUAAAAGGUAUAGACACGUAGUCAAUGCGGUCUGUAAAUCCUAAAUUUUGACCUAGGGCUGUAAUGUACGUCCGAAAUUAGGCAGAAGUAUUGUUUUUUUCCCCUUUUUUUACUGAAAAGUCUGAUGAAAAACAUUGUGUGUGCCACGGAAUAAGGAACUCGUGUUAAUUAAGCCCUCGUCUUCGGCUUUGGGCCACUCGUUUGUAAAUUCUUGUUUACCGCCCUCUGUUGUUUGUUGCGCGUCUUGUUGUGUGCACAAUACGAAUUACAAUGGUAUGCAGGUAAUUUUGUAAUACCUCGCCUACUUAGCAACUUUUGCUGCUGAACUGUAUAUUUAGAAAAGUUAGUAAGGAAGGCCUAGUUUUAAUAUUUUGGCCAUCCAUUUAAUUGUAAAAUGCUGCUUGCUAUAAUCAGAUGAGUUUUGGUUAGAAUCAUAAUUUUGUUUAGAUUUUUUUUUAUACGUCAUUUAUACGUAUUUUUGGGUUAUUCCCACUAGAUACCACCAAGUUGUUACCAGUGGUAUAUUAUAAUAAUAAAGUGGGAAUUUUUUUCCCACCUUUUACCACUGGGGGAAAAUAAACCCCAUUAGUUACCACCAAACCAUGUUGGUUUUUCAGUAGUUACCACUGACUUUUUUCCCAGUAGUUACCAGUGGUAAAAGGUGGGAAAACAAUUCCCAGUAGUUAACACUGUUAACAACUUGGUGGUAACUAUGUAGUGGGAAUAACCCGUAUUUUUUAGCAUUUUUUAGUUUUGUAGUGAGAAUGACUUAACCAGAGAAAUAAAUAAUAGAGACCUUUACCCGUCCCAUGAGUCACUGACAGUGUUAAUACAGACAUGUGUCGUUUUCAACCAAAAGGGUACUUAUUGUCGCUUGUCAGUAAGGCGCUAUUUCCAUAUAGCUUCAAUUAGAAAUCAACCUUAUCGACAAGCGACAAUGUGGUACCUUUUGGUUGAAAAUGGCACAUAUAUGCUAGCGUCUACGUACAGAUAUAGUGCAUAAUUGUUUUCCAUCGUAUUUUCUCGGAAACGUUCGCAUUCGUCGUGCUCCUUCACCUCAGUACUUUUUGUACCGAGACUGACUGAAAUAGCAAGACAUGAUAAGACAUGUUCGUAUACACGGCGGCUAACGGUGCAUUCCCGUUGCCAGGGAGGUUUUGGGAUUAUACUAAGCAACUGUUACUAUGGGACCAACCCCGAAAUCGCGAAAAAAAAUUUGGCUGUCAUACAUUUUGGCUGGUCCAUUUUCUAUGGGAGGCAAAAAAAUUUUUUUUUUUUCUCGUGGUUGGCCCCAUAGUAAAAGUUGCUCAGUAUAAUCCCAAAACCUCCCUGGCAACGGGAAUGCACUUAUUUUUUUUUCUAUACUGUUACGGGUCUGGGUAAAUAAUAUAAAAAAGUGAUCAAUGUACCUGCCGGUACUUUAUAUACACAUCAACACAGAUAUUAUUAGGGAAAGUUGCUUGCUCCUAUUUAAUACAUAAAUAUGUGCCAUUUUCAAUCAAAAGGGUACUUAUUGUCGGUUGUCAAUAAGGCGCUAUUUCCAUAUAGCUUCAAUUUGAAAUCAACCUUAUCGAUAACCGACAAUGUGGUACCUUUUGAUUGAAAACGUCAAAUAUAUUGCAUAAAUACACGGGGGUUCACGUAACCCUUAUUACAAUCACUUACAAUGUAUUAAGCAUCACUAGUUUUAGUAUUUAGUAUAAAAUGAAAACAAUCACAAUACUACAUUUAGUCGUAAAUAUAUUUUUGAUGAGACACUAACCUUAUAAAGAAACCCGCAUUUUUCUCCAAAUGUUAGGACUAAUUUUUAUUAUAGUAGCAGGCAAUUUGACAUGUCAUACACAUGCAGAAAAACCAGUAGAUUCAAUAAGGCUUUGUUCCCUAGGGGGAGGGGGGCUUAGCCAAAUCUCUAUGUAUGAAAAGUGUCCAUCAAAAAACAGUAAUUAGGCGGCGCCACCAUACACCGAAAUACUACCAAAAACAACCUACGUAAUUUGGUCGGGUUAUUUGUUACCUUAUAUGGUUCAUGUUAUACUCAUGUCCCAGAGCCUAACUAGCGCCACCGGAGAAAUUAGGAACUAUUAUUUAAAGCUUAACGCGGUCACUUUUACAACAAUUCUGCCAUAAGAGAUUGCGAUCCUUUCUAUACCAUCCAUAUUACAAUGCACACCCUGUUUCAAUCUAAUUCGAACCUUUUAAAAACUAAAUUAGGGUAGCAUUUCUUUUGUUUCAUUGUUUUCUAAAGCAAACGAAAGUCACCCUAAUCUACUAUGCAACAAGGUUCAAAUUAAAAACAGGGAAACUUUGUAUGGUGGGCCUUACGAGGUUAAGACAUCUGUUUCUGGAAAUGGACGCUGCAAACAUAUUUCUGGGCUCGGCUGUGACUGAUGAUUGCCUAAAACUGUUACUUAAGUAUGUAGUUUUCGCCUGUAUCAACAUUCUGGGCACUUGUUUCAUGCAUGUUGCUGAUUUGGAAUAAUACAAAUUUUAAACUUAUUUUGGGUAAGUACGACUUAGGUAAAUAGUAUUUUUUUCUUUAUUCAAAAUCAAAAGUUUCUUGAUAUUUUAAUUAAACAAUAAAACUAGCUAGUUCGCCAUUAGUUCAAUUAAUACUUAGUGAUAUAAUGUUCAGUAUAGAAACAUUAAAGUAUUUUCUGAUGUCCAAAGCGUCGUGUUUUGUAUGUUACGGAUGGCCAAACUUAACUUUCCAACUUUGCCGUCGAAAAAUGUAAAUUUUCCAUUUUUAAUAAUUCAAUAGUGAAUUAUCCUUGUACAAUUAUUUCCGAAACAACAAUAUUUUGAUAUAGUGCGCAAAGUUACCAACUAAUUGAGUGGGCAAAGUUGGUCAAAAAUAAUGGUUGUCUGCUUGGGCAAAUAAAUGAAAAAGGUUGUAAAACGCUAUUUUAAAGACGCGUGUAAUGUCAAUUUUUACUCUUAGGGGCUGUCGCUGAGAUUUCUAUAAAAAUGAUAAAAUAAAAAUUAUUUAAUUCAGACUUUCAAAAAAUCCAUAUUUUGUUAGUGAUACUUAAACUAGGGAACCUAUAAACUAAGUGUUAGUCUAAUUAUAACAUUUACAACAUUUACAUAAUUAAGAGCUAUCUAUGCUUUUUGGGCUCUUAUAGUAGAUAUAGCAAUACAAAGUACAUAGUAAAUGUUUUACAAUUUAUUCGUUAAAAUAAAAUACCUAUUUUAUUGAAAUUAUAUUGUAUCUGUCUUACAAGAAUGUUAAAUAAAAGACAAACUUUGCAUUGCCAUUUCGAAAUGAUCGUUACGAAAUAGACUUAAAAUUAUUCGCGUCUAUAUUUUUGCUAUUCAGUCCUGUCUAGAAAAACUACUCAACGAAAAAGAAUCCUAUAAUUAUAAUAGGCACCAAUAGUAAACGAUAUGAUUAUACUUACGUAUAUUAUAUUCAUAAUAGCCGCGAUAUCUGAUAUUCGUCAAAAUGUUACUUUUAAGAAGAAGUGUGUUAUUUUUAUGUUUGCCGUCCAAAAGAGAGAUGUAGGGAAUAUUUUUCUAAAAUUGGAAAAUGGUGCAUAUUUUUUUUAUAGUUUAUUAAGGAUAAAUGAACUGAAAUGAAAUUAAAGUGGUUUUAAAACUCGAUUAUUCUCAUUGACUGUACUAUAAGAUUGGUAUGUUUACUUACUGCAUAUAAAAAAAACUCUAGGGGACAAAUAAUGUUAGAAGAGGGAAGUUAGUAUUUUUACAGACAAUACUUCCUAUCGUAAAAAAAUAUAUAUACUUAUAAGAAAACGGGCUUUGUCUCAUUCAGUAAUUAGCAUAAUUUGUAAAAGUCACAAAUAUAACAGCUGUAUAUAUGAAAUCACAUUGCCGUUAUGUAUGUAGGUAUAGGUAGUUUGUAGUAAAUAUAUGUAAUCUGCAUUUGUUUUUGCUGAAAUCCAUUUUUUUGUAUUAUGUAACUUAACUACUUAAUAAAAAUAUCAUUUAUUUUAUGAUAUAAAAACAUCACAAAAUCAGGAAGAUGGAAAUAUUAUUUUUUGUGUAUUUACGAAGGAUUUUGGUAAAAACUGUAACCUUAGUUGUAACUGACUUAAUUAUUGUGAAUAAGAUGCGUGAUUAAUGGUUAUUAAAAUUGUACAAUAAUAA